AUGGCAGAUGAAGAAAUAAAGGACUUCAAGAGAAUAAUAGAACUAUUGAGAAAGGAGAAGCUGCAGAAACUAGCCAAUGUCCAUAUCGAUGAACAAAUAAAGACACAAAGAAAUGCUGAGGAAGAGGAAGAACCAGAACUUGAAGAAUCGGUCGAGGAAGAAGAAGUCGAGCAUGCAUUGAGUUUGUUUGAAAACUCAGAAACUCGAGGAUUGGCCAACAAUAAUCUCCAGAAGAAGGAGGAUGGGGAACAGGAAAGUGAAGAGGAGGAAGUAGAAAAUGAAGAACUGGAAGAAAGAUCUAUUGACAUGACUGAAGGUGGCCAUGGUGCGGAUAUUGAUGGUGAUGUUGAACCAGAGGAUGAACCAGAAUUAUUUUCUCUGCUGAACAGCUUUUUAGACGAGAAGGAUGGUGUCAAAACACAAGGUGCUGGAUUAAACAAAACCUACAAAGCACAGAAGGAUAGAAUGGAUUCACACAAGUUAACACACUGGCAGAAAGUAGAGUUGGGCCUCGAGUCUGAACAUCCUGGAGAAGAAAAGAGGAAUUUUGUUACAAACACGAAUACCUUCUGGCCCCAAGGCAUUGUACCUUAUGAAAUUAGCACCAGUUUCUCAACCUCUCAGAGAGCCGUUAUUGAGGGAGCCAUUGCAGAAAUGACAGCCAAGACCUGUGUGAGAUUUCUACCAAGGGGCUCAACUGAUCCCAAUUCACUUGGACACAGUUCAUAUAUCAAUUUCUUUAGUGAAAGUGGAUGUUGGUCCUAUGUCGGGAGAGUGUUUUCUGCCAAACAAGACCUGAGUUUGCAAGCACCAGGGUGUGUAACAAACAGCAUAACUAUUCAUGAGAUGUGCCAUGCCAUUGGUCAGAUGCACGAACAGUCUCGUAGUGACAGGGAUAACUAUGUUACUAUGCUGUGGAAUAAUAUUCAAGGAGGGCAAGGUAACAAUAACAUGAUCAAAGACAACACGCUGGACAACAAUAAUUAUGACCACGAAUCGGUUCUCCAGUACAGUCUGACGGCUUUUUCCACUAAUGGUCAACCAACAAUGGAGUUCAAAGACAGGCGUUUGGACUUCUUGGCUGAUUCUGCUGGUGGUUUGACAUUUUAUGAUGUGAAGGAUAUAACGGCUGCCUAUCAGUGUGCUCAGAAUUGUGCGGUAAAACUUUGUGAAAACGGAGGAUUUCAAGACCAUACAUGUCAGUGCCUGUGUCCAGAUGGCUUGAUGGGGGACCUAUGUGAACAAGUUGACACUGACAAUAUAUGUGGUGGGAUUAUUGACGUAUCUAGUGGUCCAGCAACUAUCCAAAGUCCAAACUACCCAGCUAACUAUAAUGUGGAUACAGGAUGCACCUGGCUUGUCAAGACUAAUCCUGAUGAGUAUGUUCGAUUAGAUAUUGAUGACCUUCACCUCAGCGAUAACGGUGCAGGCAGAUGCUACCACUGGCUAGAAGUUCAAUACAAUCUGCUUGGCCAAACAGGACCAAGACGAUGUGGAGAUGUCGCUGGAGAGAACUACAUUACAUCUGUGGAUGGAAACCAAAACCUCAUGUUGCUACGAUUUGACAGCAAGUUUAGUAAUGACCGUCCGAGCAGCCAGGGUUUCAGUCUCCGAGUCCGUUCUGUUCUGGCUGGUUGUUCCAAUAACCCAUGCUAUAAUGGAGGCUGUAGUGCUACACAAGAUGGACAGUUUACAUGUACAUGUUAUGAUCGAUACACUGGGGUUACCUGUGAUAUACCACCAGCUGAUGCUUCAUUUUCCUGUGGCUAUGACAACAAUGAGCAGUGUUUCCUUUCACAGGCCACGGACGAUCAGUUUGACUGGACUACAAUAUCAACACCUACUCCCUCCAGUGGCACUGGUCCAGACCAGGCACAGUCAGGAAAUAACUAUCUAUAUGCCGAAAUGUCCAGCCCACGGGUACAAGGAGAUGUGGCUCGUAUGGUGUCGCAUUUUGAUUUCACAGAAAUGCCAAGAUGCCUGAGAUUCUGGUACUUCAUGUUUGGAAGCACUGUUGGUCAGUUGGCUGUUGCUGUGUCUGGUACAACGACAGCCAAGUCAACAGUUUGGUCACUAAGUGGUGAUCAAGGGCAGUCUUGGAAUCUCGUAUCUCUAGAUAUAGCCUCAACUGCUGGAUUAAGGAUUUUCUUUGAGGCCACAAGAGGAAGCAGCUGGAAUUCAGACAUUGCCAUUGACACUUUAGAAUUAACACCUGGCUCGUGCUCUGGGACAACUCAAGCACCUACCACACCAGCGCCUACCACACCAGCGCCUACCACACCAGCGCCUACCACACCAGCGCCUACCACACCAGCGCCUACCACUCCAGCGCCUACUACAACUCCACCGCCUACAACUCCAGUGCCAACAACUCAAGCACCUGAUGCCUGUACACCAAAUCCAUGCAACAAUGGGGGAACGUGCGUCAUCAAUAAUGGAGCUGUGUGUUCUUGUGCCGCAGGAUUUGCUGGACAAUUUUGUGACUCGACUGUGGCUGAGUUUUACCACUGCACCUUUGAAAAUGCAAAUGCAGAGUGCUUCCUCAGGGAUGCGACCAAUGAUGAUUAUGACUGGACUUUAAAUUCCGGAUCAACACCAUCCUCAGGUACUGGACCUAGCAGUGCACAAUCCGGUGCUAACUAUAUAUACUUUGAAGUUUCCAGCCCUGUUACUAAUGGAGACACUGCCCUAUUGGAGACUUAUACUAUCUUACCUGCUCAAGAUCGCUGCCUUUCCUUUUGGUAUUCAAUGAAUGGACCAGGUGUGGGUUCUCUAAUUGUUUCUACAUCAAGCUCUGGUGCACUUUGGACUAGAUCUGGUGACCAGGGAAAUGCUUGGAUUAGAGCUACUUUGGACCUCCCAAUGGAUCCUAACUUUCAGCUUUUUAUUGAAGCCUCACGUGGAAGUCAUUGGAAUGGUGAUAUUGCCUUGGAUGAAAUUGAACUUACAGAUGGCUUAUGUCGUAAGUAUCGACUGCAACCUGUCAAAAUAAAAAAACCUAAGAUGCAUGAUGUUAGGGAAUUCAUUUCGAGACGGAAUGCAUGUGCUUUUCAGUCCCUUAAACCUCAAAAUGUCAAAGUUAGACUGUAUAUCAUAUUCCUUGCUCUACUGAGUGACACUAUCAUAUUCCUGGCUCUACUGAGUGACACUAUCGUAUUCCUGGCUCUACUGAGUGACACUAUCGUAUUCCUGGCUCUACCUAGUGAUGCUAUCAUAAUCCUGGCUCUACUGAGUGACACUAUCGUAUUCCUGGCUCUACUGAGUGACACUAUCGUAUUCCUGGCUCUACUGAGUGACACUAUCAUAUUCCUGGCUCUACUGAGUGACACUAUCGUAUUCCUGGCUCUACUGAGUGAUGCUAUCAUAAUCCUGGCUCUACUGAGUGACACUAUCGUAUUCCUGGCUCUACUGAGUGACACUAUCAUAUUCCUGGCUCUACUGAGUGACACUAUCGUAUUCCUGGCUCUACUGAGUGACACUAUCGUAUUCCUGGCUCUACUGAGUGACACUAUCAUAUUCCUGGCUCUACUGAAUGACACUAUCGUAUUCCUGGCUCUACUGAGUGACACUAUCGUAUUCCUGGCUCUACUGAGUGACACUAUCGUAUUCCUGGCUCUACUGAGUGACAUUUUCGUAUUCCUGGCUCUACUGAAUGACACUAUCGUAUUCCUGGCUCUACUGACGGUGUUACCUUGUGAUCUACCGACAACAUGUUUAAAUGGUGGUACCUGUCUGACUGGCAACGGUAACAGCUUUUCCUGUGUUUGUGAUACUGGCUUCACUGGAGACAACUGUGAAAACGCGGGUACCACUCUGCCUCCUUCAACAUUUGCACCCGGUUCAAGCUUUUCUUGCACUUUUGAAGCUGGUGUCCCAUGCUUCCUACACCAGGAGUCCUUAGAUGACUUUGAUUGGACGUUUCCUGAGUCCGGUAGUACGCCGUCCUCCAGCACCGGUCCUGACGUUGCCAGUGAGGGAACAUUUUAUGCAUAUAUUGAGACCUCAUCUCCAAGGACUGCAGGAGAUACAGCAGUGCUUAUGUCCGAUAUUCUACCCUUGGAGAAUUUUUGCCUGACAUUUGACUACCAUAUGUACGGAUCUUCUAUGGGAACCCUCGGUGUAUUGGUAAAUGAUGUGGGUGCUAAUGCAGGUGCUACAAUGAGUCUUUUAUGGGAAAUGUCUGGUGACCAAGGCAAUGCAUGGCACAAUGCAGCCAUUGAGAUCCCUCCAACUCCCUCCCUAAGGGUCUUCUUUGAAGGCAUUCGAGGCGGCGGAUACAGGUCAGAUGCAGCUAUUGAUAAUGUUAUAAUGAGACCAGGAUCUUGUGGAUGUGAUUUACAACCUUGUCAAAAUGGAGGUUCAUGUUCUGAGGAUUUGAAUGGACAGAUCACAUGCGUCUGUGGCCCAGGAUUUACCGGAGCAUUUUGUGAAUCCUUCGAUGGGAGCACCAUUACCUGUUCAUUUGAGGACAAUGAAAACUGUUUCUUGAUGCAGGAUAAUACGGAUGACUUUGAUUGGACCAUUACUUCUGGAAGCACUCCUAGCAGCAACACAGGACCAUCAGCGGCCUUCGAAGGAAACAAGUAUGCCUAUAUUGAAGCGUCGAGUCCUAGAGUUGCAUUGAAUGUUGCAGAAUUUUCUGCAGAUUUAAAUGCCAAUGCUGGUGAAUUCUGUCUAACCUUUGCCUAUCAUAUGCAUGGAGAAAGUACUGGAAGUCUGGAAAUUUCUCAAACAAGUGGUCAACAACUAGUAACCUUAUGGUCAAAAUAUGGAAAUGUUGGCAAUUUCUGGCAGUCCACUGGCGUCCAGAUUCAAUCUGUGGCCAAUACAAAGAUCAUAAUUAGUGGAGUACGAGGAAGUGGCUUUAAGGGGGACAUUGCUAUCGAUAAUGUUGGCCUGAAGUCAGGACUAUGUGGAUGCCUUUCGAUGCCCUGUCUGAAUGGUGGAACUUGUACAGAUGCUGGCAAUAAUUUAGGAUUUACCUGUAGCUGUGAUGCAGGAUUCAGUGGCACUGUGUGUGAAAGCCCCGAUGGGUCCGUCCCCAUUACUUGCACCUUUGAAGAUGGAGAUGCCUGUUUCUUGCAACAAGUCAAUGCAUUGGAUGAUUUUAAUUGGUCUUUUAUACAGGGAAGCACCCCGAGUAGUAACACUGGACCAGAUGGUGCUCACACGGGAUCAAAGUAUGCGUAUAUUGAGGCAUCAUCUCGACAAGAUGGAGACUUUGCAGUUCUCAGCACGGAACAGCUAACUUUUCAACCCAUGGAACGAUGUCUGCGCUUUUACUAUCAUAUGAACGGAGACCAAAUGGGAAGCCUGCAUGUAUAUGCUGGUGAGCGUGGACAAGAAACCAUGCUUUGGAGUGAGAAGGGUGACCUAGGUGACCAGUGGCUAUCUGCCAAUGUGGACAUACCAAGUGCCACCGACCUUGUGGUUGCAAUGGAAGGUGUUUGUGGUACCAGCUUCAAAAGCGACAUUGCUGUUGAUGAUAUAGAAUUGAGUGCUGGUCUUUGUUGAUGGUUUUGUUGGUAAGUGGAUGGAGUCGGAAAUGGAUACUGAAUUGAAAUA